GUCUCGCGCAGCCAGCCAUUCCUCCUCCUGUCUCCCCUGCCCGUACGCCACCCCACAAGCGAAGAAGACGAGAGGAAGAGGAGGCCAAGCCGCACAACCCACCACCACCACCACCACCGAUCUGCGGAGAGCGAGCUACCACCACCGAGCGGCGUAGCUUGAGCGAUGGCGGUGGAGGAGAUCACCGAGGGGGUGAGGAACCUGGCCGUGGAGGGGGAGCCCGCGGCGGCGGCGGCGGCGGCGGGAGGUGGUGGUGAGGGGGCGCAGAGGAGGGCGGCCGGGAGCAGCAGCAACCGCAUCCAGGUGUCCAACACCAAGAAGCCACUCUUCUUCUAUGUCAACCUCGCCAAGAGGUACAUGCAGCAGCACGGCGAUGUCGAGCUCUCCGCGCUCGGGAUGGCCAUUGCAACAGUUGUAACUGUUGCGGAGAUUCUUAAGAAUAACGGGUUUGCUGUUGAAAAGAAGAUUAGAACAUCUACGGUGGAAAUAAACGAUGAAUCGAGAGUUCGCCCGCUCCAAAAGGCUAAGAUUGAGAUAGUGUUAGAAAAGAGCGAGAAAUUUGAUGAGCUGAUGGCUGCCGCAGCGGAAGAGAGGGAAGCUGCGGAAGCUGAGGAGCAGGCCUGAUAAGGACUAGGAGCGAUGACCUUUGUUGUGUGCUUUGUUCCUGUUGUUUAAUACUGCGUGCUUUAGAGAUGGCAUGCCUUCUUGUUUAAGUUGUGUUUUUCUUUUAUGGCAGUGUGUGUAAACUCAGUGACUGAUGAUAAUCUGUUUGCAAUUGAGUUGAGACAGCUUCUCAAUUUGUUUCUUUGGCCC